CGGCCCCGAACGGCCGCUAACGGCCGCUCUCUCUUGCAGUCGUCCCACAAGACGUUCAAGAUCAAGCGCUUCCUGGCCAAGAAGCAGAAGCAGAACCGGCCCAUCCCGCAGUGGAUCCGCAUGAAAACCGGCAACAAGAUCAGGUACAACUCUAAAAGGAGACACUGGAGAAGGACCAAGCUGGGCUUGUGAGAGAAACUGUCUCCAGGGAACUCUAAUACACUCGUCUUUCUGCGUCAGAUUGGUCCAUCCCUCAUUGCCUGGCGGCUCCACGGUGAUUCCUUCUGUCCUGGUGGACUUCAGCGUCCAUUUCUUAUAAGCUGGCUAAGAGAAAAUGUUAAGUAAUUUUGUAUCUGAAACAAGAAGACCAUGUCCUAUUAGUGUUCUUUUGUUCAGGGCUCAUAUGU